CAGCAUCAGCACCAGGACACGCGGGCAUUGCCGCAUCCUCCACGCGCGUCUUGCGUGCCUUUUCGUCACAUGACGACGUGUCGGUUUACAAACUCUAGGCAUUCCUUUCUUUUGACUCUACGGUGAAGGAGAGAGAAUGGAGGGGUGGGGUGAUGGUGAACGGGAAAGAGAAGAAUGGUCAUCAAGGCUUUUUGACUUGGGAAACGGAUGUGUGUGGAAACUGGAACCGAUGGCUUGAGGUGUGUGUGUGACGUAUAAUUCGGUGCAGUGAGGUAGAUGUCCGGGAUAUACACGAGCAGAACGGGAGGCCCGCGUGACUGCUGCAGGGAAGAGAGAAGAGGACAGAGGGGGGUGAGUUUGUGUGGUCCACCGCAAAACUCCCACGGAGGCAAAAUAUGGAAAGAGGAGGAAUAGCAAAUGAAAACAGCACAAACGUGCCGAAGGCUCAAGGAGGAUGAACUUUCUAUAAUUUAUUUACGUUUACUUUCGACGGAUUUAAGUAAUUUCUUAACCUGAACGGUUUGCAGACCGGACCGAUUCAGAUCUGACCAAGAGCUAUCUCUCUCAUCCUUCGGAUAGGUCCGGUAGUCGGACCUUCGUGAGGACAGGACAACUCGGGCCUUGUUUCGAUGCUUGUUCCUCGUCACCUUGACAAGAUCCAGACCCACUCACCGCCCUACACAAUACAUGUGGUUUCUCAAUACCGUAGAAACAACGGGAUAUGUGGUGCUUAAUAACGGUUGCUGCUACAGGACUGCGGCCUCGGGGCUCCGCCCACCGCAAUGCUAUGGGCCUUAGGAGGUAGAGAUAUUGAGAGAGAGGAACAGAGGAACCGAGCUGUGUGUCGUAAAUGCAUUCAGGUUCUCAAGGAUUAGCCCUAGGUAUUUUUCUUAUUUUUUCCCUCACGUGAACAUGUUGAAGUUUGUCUGGGGUGCAGAUGUAAUAGAACAUAUACACUCUGCUAAGCAGCUAUUGCUGUUUUCAUAUGCUAAAUAGCCCAGUCUUCUGAGUUGAGAGUUUUUGGAAACUGCACUGUGGCGCGUCAGGGUCGAACCUUGGCGAUUGCACAACGCGCUUUGUCAUCUGCCAAUUGACUACGCCGGGCCAAAGUGAAAAGGGGCGAUUUUUUUUCAAAACAACAAACUCUCCAUCUCUCUUUCACACACACACACACACACACACACACACACACACACACACACACACACACACACACACACACACACACACACACACACACACACACACACACACACACACACACACACACACACACACCGCAUAUAGGCCUACACACACGCACACAUACACAAACUCACCACUCUCCACACACACCAGCCAUGCCAUCCCCGUCAGACUCCAGCAGUGUAGUGUCAGCCUCUGGGUCUAGGGGCUGGUCAGAUAGCUGCCGGGGCAUGUCUGGCCGUCAGGGUGGGGCCAAACUGCUGCUGUACCUGGGGCUGUGCCACUUGGGCCUGGGGGCCAUGGUCCUGGCCUUCUCCUUCACCAGCAUGGCCUUCACAUCCUCAGCCCGCGUCCGACAGUCCUGCCCCUUCUGGGCCGGCUUCUUUGUUGUGGCAUCAGGGUUAGUUGGACUUAUCUCAUGGAGAAGACCACUCACUCUGGUGGUGUCCCUCUUCAUGCUGCUGUCUGCUGUGUGUGUCAUCCUUAGUCUGGCUGGAUCCAUGCUCUCCUGUCAGAACGCACAGAUGGUCAAGUCACUCCUCACCUGCCAGGUGGAGAAUGGGUUGUGUGUGUGUUGCGCCCCAACACACUCCUGCUCUAUAAACGAGGAGGAGACCUUGGUACUCUACCUAAACGCAGACUGCCACUCUGUCAGACAUCAGCUCAAGGACCUGUUGUUCAGUGCUUGUGGUCUGAGUAUUCUCUCUACCAUCAUCUGUACUCUCUCUACUGUCACCUGUAGUAUACACAUCUUCUCACUGGACCUAGUGCACCUGCUCGCCCCGCACCGCUCUCGCUCCGUCAACCCAGAAUGCACCACUCCUCAGGACGCCUUCCUGAACAACAUCAUGGACUUUGAGGAGUUUGUCCCGCCCAUUCCUCCGCCCCCCUACUACCCCCCUGAAUACACCUGCAGCUCUGAGACAGACGCACAGAGUAUCACCUAUAACGGGUCGAUGGAGAGUCCAGUUCCUCUGUACCCCACUGACUGUCCCCCUCCUUACGAAUUAGUGAUGGGACAGAGAGCAGCUAGCCAGGCCACGGUGUUUGACAGCCAUGGGAACGAGCUGUCUGGAGAGAGGGCCACAUCCACUGCCUUCAGCGGAGAGGUCUCCAUGGACAGUGGUUCUCUGUUGAUGUCGGAGAUCAUUGACAUCCCAGAUGACUCCUCACCUUCAGAGGACUCCUGCCUCGUGGGGGUGAGGGCUAGGGGGGAGAGAGGGAGCACCGGGGGAGUGGAGGGGGGAGAAGGAGGGGAGUAUGUGAGCUUCCGUGGCCCCCCUCCCCAAGCCCCGGAGAGUCCCCUGGUAGAGAGUCCCCUGGUGGGCCCCAGGGCCAGGCGAUGCUACAGAGGAGAGAGGUCCAACUCCUGCUCCUCGUCUAGCACUGCUACAGCUACAUACAGGUCUCCAGUGUUGAGGCGACAGGCUAUGUUGGCCAGUAGUUGUUCCCAGUUGGAGCUGCUAGGGGGCGCCACCUCUCACCAGCGCUCCUCUAUCCUAGAGAAACGAGUCGGGCCUUGCACCCCUUUACGACGCGGUUCUGCCUCUGCCUCUGCAGCUCCUCCCACUUCCUCAUCCUCAGCUGUCAAUCAGCAGGGUGGUCAGGGCAACAGGGUGCCCCUCCCUCUACAGCCGUUGUACCUGCGUCGUCAGGGCGGAGGGAGCGAGAGGGGGGAUAGUGACGGGCUUCUGUCCCUAGUGAGGUCACUUAGCGAGCCUGGUCUCAGCUCUUCUGCUGAUACUGUUGACUUCAGUGGUGGCUCAGUGGGCAGUAAAGGAGUGAGGGAGAACUCUCAGACCUCUACAGACACAGGUCCGUCCUCCGAGGCAUGCCUGCUGCCCCGCUCCUCUCUGGUGCCCCCCUCAGCACUCCUCCCCAGGAAGGGCAGUGUGAAGGCAGCCACCAUGGGGCGCACCUUGCCCCUCUCCAAAGGCCCCGCCAACUCUCCCUUGCACCUGCCCAAAGAAUGCAACCGCUCUCUUGGGGACCUCAAGGUGACGAGGGGGUUGGUGGCUCGCUUCCUGCAGCGCUCCAAACGGAACUUGGCGUCCGCCGCAGAGCAUUCUGGGAACACGGGACAGGGUCAGAAAAGGAGAGGUGGAAUAGAGGGCAACGGGACAGACCAUCUCCCUUUAGAGCAGGUGUUACGUAACUCCUGGGGGGCCAGCCAGGGAUCCCACCCCCCACACCCUCAUCACCGUGGUCACCACCACUCCCAUAGCGACAGCCGCCACAACCGCCGUCAUAGCAACCAACCCCCUGUGACGGAGGGGAUCCACUUGCGCAGCUGCGGCGACUUAAGCUCCUCCUCCUCUGCGUCGCUAUGGCGAUUACUGACGGCCAACCCCCCUCACGGGUCAUCAGGGGCACUGUACACAGAGUCAACCCUGUGAGAGGGGGAGGAGGGAGGAAAGAUGGGAGGGGAGGGGGAGGAAAGGGAGAGGAGGCAGAAAGUGUACCCACACAGAGGAGAGUGGAGGCAUGGUAUGGUCUAAUGAAGGAGAGAUACAAAGGGAGGAGGAGAGGUGGAGGAUGGCGGGAUGAGUUAGACAGGGGAGAGGAAGGAUGAAGGAACAGGCUACUAACAUAUCCUGAUGGGCGGUGGAGGGAGUCAGCACUAUGAGGAGGGAACGACUGGACCUUUGCUACAGCCUUUUUCCAAUACUUUCAACAUGCAUCCUUCCUCUUUCCCUUCCUCCUUCCCUCCUCCUUCCCCUUGGAGCCCUCCUCUGCACCUGCGCCUGGCCUUCCUUUCCUGAACUUUGACCUCUCAACUAACCUCCUAUCUUCAACCUCCACCUAGCCAUACUGAACACUGUCCUCUCCAACUCUCUGGGAUCUCUCUCUAACUUCAAGACUAGAGAGGAUGGAGAGAAGUAGGAUAAUAAAGUUUCCCCUAGACUCUGAGCUAUGGUCAGUUUAGUGUUUCUCCUAAUGGUUAAAAUCUAGGAUCAGUGGAGCAUAAGCUGAUCCUAGAUUUUUGUAAACACUUUUCUGGAGCUGUGAACAUCACUCUCACACGAACCGCAUAUUCUCAUUAAACUGCUCACUCUUUUUCAAAACUCAAAUGUACGUUCAUUUGUCCAGCUUUUCAUCUGGAGUGAAACUCACUUUAAGUGUUCAAGGAACUCACUAUUUGUCUUCCACUCGUGAAAUGGUUAACCUUCCUUUUCUCCUGAUGACACGGUAAAAUGUACAGAAAAAUGUACACUCGUUUUGCCCACUGACAGUGAAAGUUUAAUGGCCUGCUAGUGUCGCCGUAUGGUUACAAUCUUACAUCGUUAUUAUUUUAGUAUUUUUUUUUGUGGUUAAUUUUCUUGAGGUAAAAUCAACAUGUAA